AUGUCUACCCCAUACUAUUUAGGUUUCGAUCUUUCUACGCAGCAAUUGAAAUGUCUCGCUAUCGAUGACCAAUUGAACAUCGUCACCAGUGUUUCCAUCGAGUUCGACAGGGACUUCCCGGCUUACAACACCAAGAAGGGUGUGUACAUCAAGAAUGGCGGUGUUAUUGAUGCUCCAGUGGCCAUGUGGCUAGAGGCUGUGGACUUGUGUUUCUCACAGCUAGCGGAACGAAUCGAUUUGAAACGAGUCCAGUCGAUGUCUGGCUCGUGCCAGCAACACGGAACCGUGUACUGGAAUUGCGAACACUUGCCCUCAAACCUGGACCCGGCAUCCACGCUUCGCGAACAAUUGCAAGGGUCGCUCAGCAGACCGGUGGCCCCCAAUUGGCAAGACCACAGCACAAAGAAACAGUGCGAUGAGUUGGCAGAAAGCGUUGGAGGUCCAGAAGAAUUGGCACGAAUCACUGGUUCUGGUGCCCAUUACAGGUUUUCCGGCUCGCAAAUAGCCAAGAUCCACGAGACCGAGCCCGAGGUUUACGAAGCUACCAAGAGGAUCUCGCUUGUGUCGUCUUUCCUAGCCUCUGUGCUUGUUGGGGACAUUGUCCCAUUGGAAGAAGCGGAUGCGUGCGGCAUGAACUUGUACGACUUGAGCAAGCACGAUUUCGACGAGACUUUACUGGCAGUGGUGGACCACGACACGGCUCGUCUCAGGAGAAAGUUGAGCGAUCCACCGGUGGGAGCUCCCACUGGAGAGUCCCCUUUGACCAGUUUGGGUAAAGUGUCCAAGUACUUCCAGGACAAGUACGGCGUGAACUGCGAGUGCGAGAUCUUCCCCUUCACUGGAGACAACCUAGCCACCAUAUGCUCGCUUCCCUUGCAGAAGAACGACGUGUUGAUCUCGUUGGGUACCUCGACCACGAUUCUCUUGGUCACGGACCAGUACCACUCGUCGCCCAAUUACCACUUGUUCAUCCAUCCAACGGUGCCCGGAUACUACAUGGGCAUGAUUUGCUACUGCAACGGGUCUUUGGCGCGCGAGCGUGUUCGCGACGACUUGGCGGGACCACAGGCCUCGCAGGCCCCCGGAGAACAGGUGCCCUGGACCCAAUUCAACGACGCUUUGCUCGACGACAGUUUAUCCAACGACAACGAAAUCGGGUUGUACUUCCCAUUGGGCGAGAUAGUGCCCAACGUCGACGCCGUGACCAAGCGCUGGACGUUCGAGCGCAAGGGAGACCAUCCCAACAAAACCAUUGUGCUACACGAGCUCGACCAAUUCACCCCAAAACGCAAGGACGCCAAGAAUAUCGUCGAGUCGCAAGCCUUAAGCUGCAGGGUCCGCAUUUCUCCACUAUUGUCCGACGAAACGGACGCCCUGAGCGAGACCCAGGUGCUAUCCAAGAAAGAAAACACCCAAGUGACAUUCGACUACGACGCAUUCCCACUCUGGACCUACGCAAAGAGACCCAACCGUGCGUUCUUCGUUGGUGGUGCCUCCAAGAACGAUGCCAUUGUCCGGACAAUGGCCAACGUCAUUGGCGCCAGAAACGGCAACUACAGACUAGAAACGCCCAAUUCGUGCGCAUUGGGCGGCUGCUACAAGGCGAUGUGGUCCUGGUUGAAGGUCCACGAGCCCACGACCACCCCAUCCUUCGACGUUUGGCUGAAUGCCAGUUUCAACUGGCAAAGAGACUGCGAAUUUGUGUGUCAAUCUGACGCUGCCAAAUGGGAGCAAUGCAACGGCAAGAUACAGGCAUUGAGCGAAGCAGAGGCGUACGUCAAGGCCCUGGCCCAGAGCCAGGGUCAGUGA